ACACAGUUGAGUCCAUGCUUUCAGACUAUGACAUCCUUUCUCUGUCCAGCAUCGAGCAACACUCACUCAAGAAGAGGGACCUCCAGCCUGAGACACAUGUAGAGAGGCUCUUAAGUUUUUCAGCCCUGCAAAGGCACUUUAAAUUAUACUUAACUGCAACUGCUGAACACUUUUCAGAAAAAUUUCAAGCAUUCAUUGUGGAUGGUGAAGGCAAGGAAAGGGCGUAUCGUGUUCAAUGGCAAGACUUUUUCACCGGACAUGUUGUUGGAGAGCAUAAUUCCAAGGUUGUGGCACAUAUUGGGGAUGAAGAUUUUACAGUGAGAAUCAGUACCGAUGGAGAAGAAUACAAUGUAGAGCCACUGUGGAGAUUUGUAGAUAAUGUGCAAGAUGAAAGACUGCUGGUCUACAGAUCUGAAGAUAUUAAAGAUUUCUCAAGAUUGCAGUCCCCCAAAGUGUGUGGUUAUUUAAAACUGAACGAAGAAGAACUGUUGCCAAAAGGACUGGAAGACAGAGAGCAAAGUGAAGCAAGCAUCCAUCGGAGGAAAAGAGCUGUUCCAGAGAGCUCCAAAAACACGUGCAAGAUGUUGGUAGUGGCAGAUCAUCGUUUUUUCAAAUACAUGGGCCGUGGGGAAGAGAGUACUACUAUAAACUAUUUGAUUGAAUUGAUAGACAGAGUAGAUGACAUUUACCGAAAUACUUCCUGGGACAAUGGAGCCUUCAAUGGGUACGGCAUACAGAUAGAGCAGAUUAUUAUCCACAAUGAGCCAAAUCUUGUAAAACCUGGAGAAAAGCAUUACAAUAUGGCAAAAAGUUACCCAGAUGAUAAGAAAGAUGCCUGGGAUGUGAAAAUGCUGCUAGAGCAAUUUAGCUUUGAUAUUGCUGAGAAAGCAGCUCACGUGUGCCUUGCUCAUCUCUUCACGUAUCAAGAUUUUGACAUGGGAACGCUUGGACUGGCUUAUGUUGGCUCUCCCAGACCUAACAGCCAUGGUGGCAUUUGUCCUAAAGCUUAUUAUAGUCAAAUUGCUAAGAAGGACAUCUAUCUGAAUAGUGGCUUAACCAGCACCAAGAACUAUGGGAAGACCAUCCUCACAAAGGAGGCUGACCUGGUUACGACGCAUGAACUCGGACAUAACUUUGGAGCAGAGCAUGAUCCUGAUAGUCUACCCGAAUGUGCUCCCACUGAAGACCAGGGAGGGAAAUACGUUAUGUAUCCAAUUGCUGUCAGUGGAGAUCAUGAAAACAAUAAGAUGUUCUCAAGCUGCAGCAAAAAAUCCAUCCAUAGGACCAUAGAGAUCAAGGCCCAGGAGUGCUUCAAAGAGCGCAACAACAAAGUGUGUGGGAACUCCAGGGUGGAUGAAGGGGAGGAAUGCGAUCCUGGCCUCUUGUACCAACAGGCUGAUCCCUGCUGCUCUGCAGAGUGUAAACUGAAAGAUGGUGCCAAGUGCAGUGAUCGGAACAGUCCCUGCUGUAAAGGCUGCCAGUUUGAAAGUGCACAGAAGAAAUGCCAAGAAGCCAUAAAUGCCACUUGUAAAGGAGAGUCUUUUUGCACUGGGAACAGCAGCGAGUGCCCCCCUCCAGGGAAUGCUCCCGAUGACACCGUCUGCGUGGACAUGGGGAAGUGCAAGGAUGGGGAGUGCGUCCCUUUUUGCGAGAGGGAGAAGAACCUCCGGUCGUGUGCAUGCAAUGAAACGGAUAAUUCCUGCAAGGUGUGCUGCCGGGACGAGCAGGAUAGGUGCAUACCGUAUGUCGAUGCUAAUGACCAGUUCCUGUUCCUGCGCAAGGGGAAGCCGUGCACUGUGGGCUUCUGUGAUACAAAUGGCAAAUGCGAGAAGCAAGUACAGGAUGUGAUUGAACGAUUUUGGGAUUUCAUAGACCAACUCAGCAUCAACACUUUUGGGAAGUUCCUGGCAGAUAAUAUAGUGGGCUCUGUGCUUGUCUUCUCCUUACUUUUUUGGAUUCCUCUCAGCAUCCUUGUGCAUUGUGUGGACAAGAAAUUGGACAAACAGUACGAGGAGAACACAAAGUCCCUGUUUUGCCCCAGUAACGUGGAGAUGCUCAGCAGCCUGGACUCUGCCUCUGUUCGAAUCAUCAAGCCCUUCCCUGCAGCACAGCCCCCCCGUCGGCACCCCCCCCCGGCCGUCCCUGCCGUUGCACCAGCACCGAAACAGGACCACCAAAGAAUGGACACAAUUCAGGAGGACCCCAGCACCGACUCUCACAUUGAUGAGGACGGGUUUGAGAAGGACCCUUUCCCAAAUAGCACCUCGGCUGCAAAAUCUUUUGAGGACUUGACAGAUCAUCCUGUCAUUAGGAGUGAGAAAGCUUCGUCCUUUAAACUACAGCGCCAGAACCGGGUGGACAGCAAAGAAACAGAAUGCUAG